CCAUCUUCUCCGGGCAUUCCCGCAACCGGCCUACGUCAUGGACACCCCGGUUGGGUGCGCCACACCAGUCGUCAGCCAACAUCACUUUCGUCCGAACUGUUCCAGUUCCCAAACUUCGCUCUUCAAGGGCACUUUCAAUCUCCCUCACAUAACUACACCGUCAAAAUGCUGGGCUUAUCACGAAAAGCCGUGUUGUACGGCUCGGCCUCGAUCAUAUUUCUUAUCCUAGUCGUUUCAUUAACGCCGAUAACCUCGCCUCUACCUCUGUAUACGGGACCCUACGAAGUCGGAAUCUUAGACUUAGAAACAGAAGUCAAGCGACGAACGAUUCAUCCCGCGACCCUCAAAGAAACGGGAAAUAAAGCAUUCGAGCUCGAAACGUUAGCGAUUACCAUAUACUACCCGUCUGCUCUACCGAGUUUACGUUCGCAACCCUGGGCGCGACCGUGGCUUCCUCAGCCCGUGAGCUUGAUCGGAACUGGAUAUGCGCGGCUGAUAGGGAUAAAGUUUGCGCCGCUACAGAGCGUGGUUACGUUUUUUCUCUGGGCACUGGGCUCCAAGACAGUUAUCCCGGGCGUUGUCGAUGCGCCGGUGCUUUCCGUGAACCCCGAUGAUGUUGAGGAUUUGGGAGAGGUUGUGAAUAAAGUUGGCAUGGGUGGGAAGGUCAAGGGACAAAACAAUAUUCAAGAGGUUCUUGAGCUGAGAGAUGUGAGCAAUGGACCUAGGCUGGGACAAGAGACGGAGAAACUGCCAUUGGUGGUCUUUACGCAUGGUAUGGCUGGCAUGUCGCAGAGUUACUCUCAUUAUUUGGGUAGUAUAGCGAGUCACGGCUACAUGGUGGCUGCCGUAGAACAUAGGGAUGGCAGUGGACCAGGGACAAUAGUACAUUCUGCCAACGGGGAUGAGCGAUACGUCUGGCAUAUGAACCUAGAGGAUCUAGAAUCCAACCCUCCUCUAAGCUCCGAAGACCUCAAAACCGUCCAACUAAACUUCCGCGAAGCCGAAAUUCAAGAAACAAUCUCGCUCUUCUCCCGCCUGAACAAGGGUUCCUCCGAACACCCUAUCAUAAACCUCAAGCCCAAGUCCCCAGAAUCUGCUCUUUCCGGCUUUAAAGAUCGUCUUAACAUGUCUGCUGUCACCGUCGCAGGCCACUCGUACGGCGCGACGGGAGCAUUGCAAGCGCUUAAGAACGCACCAAACAAGGACAUGCCAAUCAACGGCGCUAUCAUGCUCGACCCGGGUAAAGGCUCGGGCCCGCUGAACGACAAAAUCGAGCUGCCGACGCUCGUGAUGCAAAGCGGCGGAUGGACUGAGAAGCAAGUUGAGUUCUACGGCCAGGGAUGGCAUUUCGACGUCGUCAAGAAAUUAGUCGCCAAUACUAGCAUAGGCUGGUUCAUGACCCUGAAGGGCUCCGCUCACCCAUCCUGCACCGACGCCCCGCUCAUUGUCCCGUGGAUCAUGCGGUUAGCUACUAAGACGACACUAAACGGUAGAGUCGCGUUGAGAGAAUACAUUGACACGUCGGUGAACUUUUUGGAGUUUUUGAGAGAUGGGAGUAAGAAGGGGCUUCUUCGUGAGGAGGUGUCGAGUCCCGCCGGACCUCUGGGAGAUGCUGAGAAGAGGGGUGAAGUCAAGGGGCCGCAUGGUGCUGAGUGGGAAAUACAUGUUGUUCCGAAAGAAUAGGGCU